CUCAUAGUCGUCAUAGUUGAUACUUGAUUGAUAAAUCUAAUCGUAAACAUUUAUUUCAGAGGAAGGUCAACUUUAUCUUAUUAAUUUUUAGUUAUUCAAGCACAAUAUAUUAAUGCUUGUAUAAUAUACAGCGUAAAGUCUUAAAAGUAUAAUGGGAAAAAUAUUUCUUGACCACAUUGGAGGAACUCGGCUGUUUCUUUGUGCUGCUUGUGAUGUUGUUCUUACAAAUCGAUCAGAGCUUAUAAGUACAAGAUUCACUGGAGCUACAGGCCGUGCAUUUCUGUUCCAUAAAGUAGUAAAUCUAAUUUAUUCUGAGGUUCAAGACCGUGUUAUGUUAACUGGUAGGCAUAUGGUGCGAGAUGUAUCUUGCAAAAACUGUUGCACUAAACUUGGCUGGGUGUACGAGUUUGCUACGGAGGAGAACCAACGAUUUUCUUUAUUUGUUACAGCUACAAAGAGGGCCGUGUUAUUUUAGAAAGAGCCCUAGUAAAUGAAGCAGAAGGUUUUGAAGAGAUUCCUGUAAAUAAUGAUGAUUAAAUUGCCCAUGUGAAUUUUUUUCUCUGGAAGUUUCAAAUAUGAUGCUUAAUUUAUAUUUUUUACUUCUAAAACAUAAGAAUAUAUUAUAGUAGGUAUUGGUAAAUUUAAAUUUUGUGAUAACUAAUCUUAGGUAUUAUACUCUCUAACAGUAGUAAAAAUAUUUAAUUUGUAAUUUUUUAAUCACUAUUAUGAAUUUUAGUAUUUAAAAUCUAUGUAUGAUCUCUAAAAUAAACAAACAUUGAAACCCUGUUUUCAUUUUA